AGUGUGCGUGCGGGCUAACGCAGGGUCAUAGCUGCGCGCUCCACUGCGCAGUUCUGGGGCUGCUGCGCUUAUAAGAGCAAGAUGACAUCAGCAGAGGAGCGGGACGCUGGAAGACAGUAUAACACACGGCGCAGAGCAGCAGCACUGUAACACCUCAGGGGGAUGCAGCCGUCGUUCUUCCUACAGAAUACGAUGGCUUCCAGAUAGCAACUGAUUUUCGGCGUCCAGUUUCUCAGCUUCGUGUUGAGAGCAGCUACGAGGCUCUCUGGUCAAAGCGUCCGAGCGUGUGGAUAUAAUGCCAAGUAAGAAAGUACUAAACGCUGAACUGAGAUCUACUACAGAUGGUGCUCCUAAACACACAGCGGCGCGGGCCAGGAAGAGAAAAGCAGACGUCGCAGUUCAUUUACAAGAUCCAGACGAGGAAAUGGCAGAGAUGACCAAAAAGAAGCAGUGUCCACCGCAGACCUGCUGGAGUUCCUGCACAGGUUACCCAAGCCCGUGUAGGCGGAUUCCAGUGCCAGAAGAGGUUGAGGAACCGGUUGCCAUCAGCAGUGUGGGAUUCACCCAAUACACCUCCAGAAACCUUUUCAUCACCCCAACGCGACCACCUCCCCUGCCUUCUCUCAGUUGGGCAAGUAAAGAUGAUGUAUGGAGCAACUUGCUAAGAAAAGAGAAACUGUAUCCUCACGACACCCAUGUGAUGGAGAGACAUCCCGCCCUUCAGCCCAGAAUGAGGGCCAUACUCCUGGAUUGGCUCAUGGAGGUUUGUGAAGUCUACAAACUGCACAGAGAAACGUUUUACUUGGGACAGGACUACUUUGAUCGCUUCAUGGCCACCCAGGAGAACGUCCUGAAGACCACCCUGCAGCUCAUCGGCAUUGCUGCUCUCUUUAUUGCUGCCAAAAUGGAGGAAAUUUACCCUCCCAAAGUUCACCAGUUUGCUUACGUUACGGAUGGAGCUUGCACAGAAGAAGAAAUCCUUGAUAUGGAAGUCAUAAUCAUGAAGGAACUGAACUGGAGUCUCAGUCCUCUCACUCCUGUGGCCUGGCUCAACAUCUACAUGCAGAUGGCCUACCUGAAGGAGAGUGACCAUGUCCUCCUGCCACAGUACCCACAGUCCACGUUUGUGCAGAUUGCCGAGCUCCUGAACUUGUGCAUCUUGGAUCUCAGAAGUCUGGAGUUCUCCUACAGCCUGCUGGCAGCGUCUGCCCUGUUUCACUUCUCUUCCCUGGAACUGGUGAUGAAGGUCUCAGGGCUGAAGUGGUGUGAUGUGGAGCCAUGUGUGAGGUGGAUGGUUCCUUUUGCCAUGGCUAUCCGUGAAGUAGGCAGCUCCUCACUGAAGAUGUUCAAGGGCAUCGCAGCAGAUGACGCACACAACAUCCAGACCCACGUACCCUACCUCGACUGGCUGGGGAAGGUCUACACGUAUCAGCUUGUGGACAUGGAUCAUAGCCAGAGAUCCCAGGUCCCAGCCGGGGUGCUUACUCCUCCGCCCAGCAGUGAGAAGCCCGAGACCUUGGCCUCCUGAUGGCACUGUGGAACAUGGAGAUGGCAAAACACAGUGCCUUAAUAGGAUACGCAAGCAUCGGGUUCUAUAAGCAUGCACACCUUGCAGUUCUGAUUUGUUGGGGGGGGGGGGUUUAUUCUAAUUUUAUAUCUAGACUUGAAAUACCCUUUGAGGGUUUUAUUAUUGUUCUUAUUUUCUGGGUGGACAAGUACAGAUCACCUGUGUUUGUUUGCCCUGAUUUGCUGCUAAAUAUGGAAUGGUGAGGCCUGACUCACAGGAAGUUCAAUAAUCACCAUAUAUUGAUUGGUCACGUGGGAUUAUGACUUGUGGAUUACCAAGGACAGGAUUUAUUUUACUUUUUUUUUUUUUUGUGGUUUGCCUCCAAAUGAAUUUUUAAUUUUUUAAAUCUGUUUUUAAAUUAAAUGCUGCUACCUUUGUAUUUUAUAAGACAAAAUAAAAGUCUAAACUUA